GAGGCAGCAUUUCUUUCUUGAUUGAAUUUCCAAUCUUUGAUGACUUGUGUCGUCGUCAUCAACUCCGCUUCUUUCCCUCGAUUGGCCUCAUCAAUCUCACCUCCCCCUUUCAUACCAGAGUUACAGCCUCAAAUACCUUGCUUGUCUCGGACAACAAUGCCCCCGUCGAACAGGAAACCGAGGGUUCAACUAUCCAGACCUCGCCAGAUUUCCAACAGUCUCUCUGGCCAAAUCAUGUGGCUCCCAUCAAGGCAUCGCAUACCAGCCGACCUCGAUCCUAAUCUGGAAGAAGGCGCAUACCACCACCCGGUGAUAAUCAUGUCCAGGGUCCCCUCCCCUGAAGGUCUCGUCGAGAUACUCAUGAUCACCUCAAUGGGCGCACGCGGCAUCGCCCAAGCCCACACCCCAGACUGGAACCACUGGCUCAACUACGCACCCAUCAAACCCGCAACGCACCCCGCCAUGCCCGACACACAGCUCUGCUUCCCGGAUAACUGUCCGCCGCUGGCGAAGAACUCGUAUGUGAACAUUCGGCAGUGUUAUUGCGUUCAUCUCCAGGCGUUGCGUCCGUAUCGUCAGAGUGUUGGGGAUCCUGUUCUUGGGAGGGCUUCGCUUAGGAGUCUGAAGGAGGCUUCGAAGUUUGUUGAUCUGUAUGAUCCGAAUACUUCGAAGAGGUUGAAGAAGUCCAGAAGGAAUGAUAUUUCUGGUUCUCUACCGGAGGUUGAGGGCUUGGUUGUUGAAGACAAGGAUGCUAUGCAGACUGUUAGGCACAUCAGCCUGGUUGGUCUGCUUCUGCUUGUACUUUUCGCAGUGGUUUAUCUCUAUCUGCGUGUCGCGUAA